CACGAGUUAAGAGCCCUAGCUCCUUAAUCCCCUAUAUAAACCCGGCCUCCGCCUGGAAUCACCCUUUUCCUUUUCUCGUGUUUUGUGCCUUUGCUUUUACGGCUGAGUUUGAAAGUCUCGGCUGACAAUUUAGAGCGCGUCGCUUCAGGCCUUCGGAUUUCGUGAUGCCGAGCAUGAAUUCCGAUCCGGCUGAUGGCGACGCCGAGCCGUUUGUGGAGAUUGAUCCGACGGGCCGAUACGGCCGGUACAACGAGCUACUCGGCUCCGGCGCCGUGAAGAAAGUCUACAGAGCGUUUGACCAGGAGGAAGGUAUAGAGGUGGCGUGGAACCAGGUCAAACUGCGUUCCUUCUGUGAAGAUCAAGCAAUGAUCGAUCGUCUGUAUUCUGAAGUUCGGUUGUUGCGGACUCUGAAGAACAAGAACAUCAUUGCUCUGUACAGCGUGUGGAGAGACGAAGGGCGAAACACGCUCAACUUCAUCACAGAAGUGUGUACCUCCGGUAAUCUGAGGCAGUACAGGAAGAAACACAAACAUGUCUCGAUGAAGGCUUUGAAAAAGUGGUCCAAGCAGAUUCUCAAGGGUUUAAACUAUUUGCAUACUCAUGAGCCGUGUGUCAUUCACAGAGAUCUCAACUGCAGCAACAUCUUCAUCAAUGGCAACGUUGGUCAGGUGAAAAUUGGUGAUCUUGGUCUGGCAGCAAUAGUUGGCAAGAACCACUCCGCCCAUUCGGUCCUCGGGACGCCGGAAUUCAUGGCGCCGGAGCUGUACGAGGAGGAUUACAACGAGUUGAUCGAUAUAUACUCGUUCGGAAUGUGCGUGCUGGAGAUGGUGACUCUCGAAUUGCCUUACAGCGAGUGCGAGAGCGUCGCUCAGAUCUACAAGAAGGUAACAUCUGGGGUGAGGCCGCGCGCAAUGGGGAAGGUUAAGGACCCUGAGGUGAAGGCGUUCAUUGAGAGGUGCCUUGCUCAGCCCAGAGCCAGGCCUUCGGCGGCCAACCUCCUCAGAGACCCAUUCUUCAAUGGGAUCCAUGAUGAUGACGACUGUUAACUCCGUCUUUGGGAGAAACUAUUUCAUGCCUUUGAAACAUGUCGGCAAAUCAAUAUCCGUUACCACACACGUUGUAACAGAUAAUUGACUUUUGGGACAUGCUCAAAAUACUUUGCUUGCUUUUUUGUGAUUUAUUAUUAUUGCUUUGCUGGUUCUCGAGGGGUGGAACCGUGGAGGUGGGGGUGUUAAUGGGUUUGUGGCGUGUUGAUGAUGGUGUUUUCUCUUCUCUUUCAUUUUUUAUUUUUGCUUUUUCUCAUAAGCAUGUUGUUGAUAGCACUGAUUGAUUUCCGGGGAAAAAAAAAAAAAAAAAAGAAAAGAAACUGUGUAGCGUGAAAAAGGGUUGAUUGUGUAAAUAAAUAAAGUGAACACUUGUUUUA